AUGGCAACUUCUUCCAAAUCAACAGGUGAAAGUUUGCAUCCAUAUGACGCACUCCCGAAUCACCAAGACUUGGACUGGAUGAUAUCUGAUGCGAAGUUCACUGCUGAUACUAGAACCGAUUUCUACGACCACAGUCUGACAAGUCGCAGAUAUGCCCUUGUCGGAGUGGCAUGCUCAAUUAUCUUCAGCUGCUCAUGCAUCGUUGCAAGCAUUGUCACUUCAGCCAAUCACGGAGUCUUCGGAGUAAUCGUGUUCACCAUGGAGCCUAUCAACAUUAUGAUGCAGCAGAGGGAAAUUCUGGCCCUGGUGCUUAACUUAAUCGUCACGUUAUGCACCGAGUCUAUAGGCCUCGUACACGGCAUCUCAUUGCGCUCUGCGCUAGCCUCAGAGUCUCGGCUUCGUUUCAACACCAAUCUGCGCCUUCUGACCGUAGCUCGUGGAUGGUAUAACCCUAAUGGCGCCUAG